AAAAUCAUAAAUAUUCACAGAAAUUAAAUCGCCCACCAGCGAGAUAGAGCACGUGGUCGAUCACGUGCACGCCGAAUCAUAUGAUCGACGCGCACGCUGCCACAUCUGCGCACGGUCAGAAAGCGUCGAAGAUGGCGAGCAGCAGUCUUUCCUGACCCGUACGAGCGCGCGCGCAUCGGUGGAGAAGAGAUCGACGGUAUACGAUAAACAAAUCUCGAAGUAGACAAUCGCGUUGCCAAAACUCGCAGCAUCAUGGACCCGGCUCUGCUCAGAGAGCGCGAGCUCUUCAAGAAGCGCGCCCUGACCACGCCGGCAAUCGAGAAGAAGCGGAAGGAGCAGGAGAAGGAAGCCGCGCGGGACGAGUCGUCGAAGAAGAAGCCGAAGCCCUCGUCCGUGUCGACGGGGCCGAAGCUGGACAUGGUCAACUACAAGACGAUGACGGGCAGCACGCAGUACAAGUUCGGCGUGCUGGCGAAGAUAGUGAAGCACAUGAAGGCGAGGCACCAGGAGGGGGACGAUCACCCGCUCACGCUCGAGGAGAUCCUCGACGAGACGAAUCAGCUGGACGUCGGGUCGAAGGUUAAGCAGUGGCUCCAGACCGAGGCUCUGGUGAAGAACCCGAAAAUCGAGGUGACGCCCGACGGCAGGUUCGCCUUCAAGCCCAUGUACAAGAUAAAGGACAAGAAGUCGCUGCUGCGGCUCCUGAAGCAGCACGACCUGAAGGGCCUCGGUGGCAUCCUGCUGGAGGACGUGCAGGAGAGCCUGCCGCACUGCGACAGACACUUGAAGAGCCUGCACAACGAGAUUUUGUACAUCACGCGGCCGCUGGACAAGAAAAAGAUCGUUUUCUACAACGACAAGACGGCGCAGUUCCCCCUGGACGAGGAGUUCCAGAAGCUGUGGAGAGCCGUCGCGGUGGACGCGAUGGAUGACCAGAAGAUAGACGAGUACCUCGAGAAACAGGGGAUCAGAUCGAUGCAGGAUCACGGGCUGAAGAAGCCGGCGCCGAUCAAGCGAAAGAAGCCCGUGAACAGGAGGAAGCAAUUUAAGAAGCCGAGGGACAACGAACACUUGGCGGACGUCUUGGAAACGUACGACGAUUAGGGAAAUGAAAUACUGCCGUAUCAAGUGGAUACCUCGAUCCAAAACGACGUGAGAAGUAGUUAUAGGUAUGACAUAAACGUAGAAUAUAUUUUGUAAAUAAUAAUUAAUAUUCUUCGAGCGCGCCAAUAUACAUAUAUAUAAACUAUUGUAUCUGUGAUCUCAGUUAUUUAAUACGUAAAACAUUGUCAUGACAAUUUCAUUGUAAAUACAAAAUAAAUAAAGUAUUCCAAGUUUUUAAUAAA